ACAAAUCGUGUUUGUUCAAAUUUUCGAAAAUUUUGUCAUCUACAAUGUCAUCAUGAAACAGUGCUUGAUUUAAACCGUGUUUCAAUCGAUAAUUCCAAUGUAUGAUUAAAUGUAAUAAAUCUAUCAUUAGGUAUGGCAUUUCUUUCGAAGACGAUUAUUCUGCCUGCACAUUGAUCGAUUACUAAAUGAUGUAUUAUCAUACAAUAUUGUUUCUCGGUCGUAGGUAGUACCUACGAUACGCUCGUUGUGUUAGUCAAAUCCUUAUUUAGUACGAUGAUGUCAUUUGAGAAGGACGUGCAUGCAACAUCUUCGGUGAACAAGAUCGUUAUACACGUUUUCUACAACAUUUAGCAUUAAUGGAGGGUUUAUGAUGUCUCAGCACGGAGCUGCUCUACAAACUUAUAACCAAGAGCUUGUUAAAUGCUUAGAAGAAAUGAAAUUGAGGCGAACAGAGCUCCAAGCUCAGAUAGAAUCCCAAGAAGAAGAAAAAAAUAAUUUACAACGUGAAAUUGAGAAAAUGUCAUGUAAGCUUACACUUUUGAAUGACAGCCUAGCAAAGAGAAUUGCGGUUAAAAAUGAAUUUGACAGAACAAUAGCAGAUACUGAAACGGCAUACAUGAAGAUUUUAGAGAGUUCACAAUUAUUACUUAAUAUGAUAAAAAAAGAAGCUGUCAGCUUGGAUCAGACUUUAAUCAAAGCAAAUAUUGAUAAGCAGCAGUAUCGACAAUAAGAUAAAUUGUACUUUGUAGAUACAAUUGUAUCUUGGUAAACAAACAUGAUAAAUAACAGGAAUUGAAUUGUUAAUAGAAAUUAUCAUAAGAAUAUUAUCAUUAACCAGUAUGAAAUUAUGUAUACAGACUUUUAACAUUAUUAG